GUAAAUAAUCCAAGAAUGACGUGGUUACGCGGUGUUCAAUUUUUAUUUUAAAUAAAUUGUCUGUUCGUUCUAGAAGAGUUCUUUUUCAAAUUUGAAAUUAUAUUAUUUUGUAUUUAAAGUUUCCUUACCAACACUCAAGAUGUUUGACGGAUUCCUGGAUGAUUUGAAACGCAUGAAUAAACGACAAUUCCUCUAUCAAGUAUUAAGUUUUGGAAUGAUUGUUUCAUCUGCAUUAAUGAUAUGGAAAGGUUUGAUGGUUUUUACUGGUAGUGAGAGUCCAAUUGUUGUUGUUUUAAGUGGUAGUAUGGAACCAGCCUUUCAUCGAGGUGAUCUAUUAUUCCUAACAAACUAUGAAGAAGAACCAGUCAGAGUUGGUGAAAUAGUUGUAUUUAAAAUUGAAGGACGUGAUAUUCCUAUUGUGCACAGGGUUUUAAAACUGCACGAGAAAAAUAAUGGCACUAUUAAAUUUUUGACCAAAGGCGACAACAAUAGUGUAGAUGAUAGAGGAUUGUAUGCUCCUGGUCAACAGUGGCUUGAAAAAUCUGAUAUGGUUGGCAGAGCUAGAGGAUUUUUACCAUAUGUUGGAAUGGUCACAAUUUUAAUGAACGAGUAUCCUAAAGUCAAAUUUGCUGUUUUAGCAUGUCUUGGACUUUAUGUACUUGUUCAUCGUGAAUAAACCCUAAAUCAAUUUUUUGCUGAG